UCAUAUGAUUUAAUAUAAUAUUUUAGCAUUUUGUACUGUUGUUUUCCACUAAAUUCUUGCAUUCUAUCAAUUAAAUCCUUAAUUAAUCGUUAACUAUAUUUAACAUUGUUUUGUGACUGUGCACAGUUCUUAAUAUGCGUACGCCUUCUUAAAAGCUGAAUAUUUUAAUAUUUAGAAAGUGACCAGGAGAUUUUAGAUCUUUGCGGCACCUUGUUUAAAACUGAAAAGUAUCAAAUAUGUAUUAAAUGGUAGGCUAUACAUAUCAUUCCCUAUAUAUAUAAAUAUAUGAAUACAGGGGUAUUUCUCAGCUUAACACUAAGGUAAAUGAUAUUAUCCAGUAGCUCUUGAAGGAAAGGCUUUUCAUCCAGCUCCAGCCUGCAUGCACGGGGUGGGUGUACCCAUUCCGCGUGACGUCACCACAUCAUUCCCUGUACCCCGGGCCCAUUCAUCCCUACCUCACCACAGUGCCGCGCGCCUCGCCUUCUCCACACCUCACCUUUAAACCGGGGCGGCUUUUUAAGUGAAACAAAAGAUAAAUUAGGAUUCAUUUCUGUAUUUGCGCGACCCAGCCUGGACUGUAACACACGGAAAUAACCGUCCACACUACAGGGAACACUUUAGGAAAUAGCUUCCACAGAACACAUCCAGCCAUUCACGGUCCCAACACCUGGACACAUCUGUCAGAGCUCUCCUUUGGGUUCUGGGGCAGUCUACCUGCAUUUCCACAAUUUUUCUGCAUCUGUUUUGACGGUUUCAGUGUCACUUGGAGGAGCAGGCAUCACCAGAGGUGACACGUUGUGCCCUGGACAAAGCAAGUAGGUAUGGCUGCAGACAACUUUUUAAGGACACGUUUUUAACCUCUUUUUGAAGCAGAGACACAUUUUCCAGUUAAACACAGCCAGUUUUCAGCCACAAUGACUUCAGACUACGACCCCUGCCACAGCAAGGAGUCCAUCGACGGGACAAAGAGCCCGCUGAUCAGUGCCAUCAUGUUCGCAGCAGGCAUCUUCGGCAACGUGGCUGCCCUGGUGAUACUGGAAAUCCGGCGACGUAGAGACACAAGGACCGGGAACACGUGGCGGCGUUCCUUGUUUCAGAUCCUCAUCACAUCGCUAGUGGUCACGGACCUGGCGGGAACCUGCCUGAUCAGUCCGCUGGUGCAGCUGUCGUAUUCACGCAACACUACCUUGGUGGCGAUGUCGCCUAAAUCACACAGCGUGUGUUGGUACUUUGGUGUCAGCAUGACCUUCUUCAGCCUGGCCACCAUGUCACUUCUCUUCUCUAUGGCACUAGAGAGGUGUUUUGCUAUUGGGUACCCCUACCUGUACAACCGGCACGUCACCAAGAAAUGUGCCUACAUCACAAUCCCGUUGGUGUUUCUAUUAUGUAUGUUAUUCUGUCUCCUCCCUUUUGCGGGAUUUGGUAAAUAUGUACAAUACUGCCCUGGAACGUGGUGCUUCAUUGACAUGAACCCUAAGGGGAAGGUGGACCGGGCCUACGCCACCCUGUACGCCACUCUUAUGCUAGUGCUGGUGCUGGCUAUAGUGGCGUGCAAUGGGUUUGUGGUAUACCAGCUGUUCAGGAUGUACCAGCGUCGGAGGAGGAACGGCUCGGUGAUGGCAGGCACCAGAUCCAACAGCGAACGCAGGGCGACGUCUAUGGCUGAGGAGGUGGAGCAUCUUAUCCUGCUCGUCUUCAUGACCAUCAUCUUCAUCAUCUGCACACUGCCCCUGGUGAUCCGGGUUUACAUCAACUCUAUAAUGCAAGUGGACGCUCACCGCCUGGACCUGAUCGCCCUGCGCUUCAUCUCUGUUAACUCCAUCAUCGACCCCUGGGUCUUUAUCCUCCUCUCCCCCAGCGUGCUGCACUUUUGCUGGGCCUUGGUGUGCCGUGGCCCCCUGGAACACACCAGGGGUUCCUUUUUUAAAUCAUCGAUAGCCAAAGAGAAUUCUCCGGCCAACCUGGAGCUGUCUCGUCCCACGUUGGAGUACACUGAGAAUUUUCACACUGUGGAGGAUCUAUGACCAUAACAGUACUUUCUUAUUUCAUAUUCAUAUUUAUUGGACACCGGACUGGACAGUAUGCUCUUCGUUGGCCACAACAUCCCUCCCACGUGGCUGGUGUGUCUUAUCUAUUUUAUGAAUGUGUUUCCGUUAGAUAAUGGCCCCGUCUGCCUAACUGACACACACUUUAACCAGUUCUAUCAGCUGGUGGCUGCCUCUUGCCAUUUACUGGGUCUUUCCAUCAACUCCUUGCAUUUCAGCUAAGUGUAUGCAUGUUGAAUGCAUACUGACUUCUCCACAGCUUUACGUUAAGUGUAAAAGCUCAACACUUUGUCUCCUUUGCUGCUUGUAUUUUCAGUUAUUCAAAGAAAAGGCUGCUGAUGGGAGCUGGAGAAAGAAAGAGACUUCAUUCAGGUUUUGUGAUGAUCUCGAAAAGACAAACUGCACUUGUGCUUUUGUCUACACUGUAUUAAAAAAGAGAUGUUCAGUUGGAAGAAGAUGUUCAUGAAAGGAGAUGUGACAGAAUGCAACAUACUGAAGAUAUUCAUCUAUCAAAGAAGGAGGUAACCAGUGACUUGAAGCCUUCUCUGAUUCAAAUGCUGCUUUCCAAACAGUUAUUACUGGGCCUGGGAAUGGUGAGCCCAGUGAGAUGUCACAUACAGGCAUGAACCACAAACAUUAGAGGAAUACUUUACCAGCAAAAUGACUAUUUGUAGCCUAUAUCGAUUUCUCAUUGUGUAUUUGAAUUUGUGAAGAAGUGCUCCUUGAUUGUGCCUAAGCACGCGCAUGCGUACGAGUAUAAGGUAACGUGAUGACUAAUUGACAUACAAAUGGUAAUUUGCAGGUGAAGCAUUCCUUAAACAUGUAGUUGUAUAGAGCACAGUCAAGGAAAGUCCUACAGAGUCGGUAAAAGGUUAAGUAAACCAGAAUAAACUUAAUGGCAUGCCUACAAAAAAUAACCACAAUCAAAUCAGUUGAUGCUCCUGAAAGAAGACAGGGCCUCAUUCACCAAUAUUUUCUUGAAUUUGUUCUUAAGAAAGGUCCCAAGAAAAGUCUACAUUCGAUUCAUGACGUAUCCUUAAACCCUACUGUUCGCACCGGUGUUCUUGCAAUGAUGAAUCCCACUGAAUCAGAAGAAGCAUGUGCCAGUUGAUCAUAAUUAGCAUAGGUAAACGCCAUGAGACUGCAGGGCUGUGUGCACAGAGAAACUGCAGAAGGACAGGAAAAGUUUAGAGAAGUAAGUCAGGAGUGCCAAACCCAAAGUCUGAAGAUGCGUGGGAUGCUUAAAAUACGUGUUAAAUCAACCACCUGAUCCGCGAACCUCAAACUUUAUGCAUUGUAAAAGCACAACUGUCAGGAGUUAGGACGGACAUUAGUGCCACAGUGCUUUCCAAGCUGUGUAUGUGUGUGUUUUUGAGUUAGAGAGAGGGGGAGAAGGUGACAGGUGGUCCAUUUCACGCAAUGUUUGUGUUACUCAGAGUGCUGCUUUUUCACUUUUUGUCCUGCCUGCCCAAACCAACUGAUAUUUUCAAGCAUGAUCAUUAAUCAUUUAUUUCUAGGAGGCAUGAUUCCCAUUAACUGAUAUGAAAAGUGUUAGUGAAGCCGAAUGUUUAUUUUAAAAGACCAUAAUGCUUUGUAAAAAAUAAUUUAAAAACAUUAUAAAUUGUAAAAAUAUCACUGUAAAUUAAAUGCUAUAUUAUUAUACAACUGUAGAAUGAAAGAAAAUGCAAUCAUUUCACAAACAUGUCAGCGCAAAAUGUGAGUAAGAGUGCUCUUGAGUGUAAGUAAGUAAAUCCCAAAUACAGAAACAUUGGUGAAAACUGCAUAAGUGGGUUUUGGUGAAUGAGGCCCACAGUUUGUGAAGUAUGUAAAAUUUAAUGUCACAGAUUGUUAGAAGGGCCUUUUGUUGCAACAGUAAAACAAAGUGGUGCCUUUUAACGCCACGUGUACCUGUCUGACGCAAACCUAGAUAUAAUCUAGACAUGAGGCACGUUCACACAAGUGCAAACGAGAACUCAGAUAUUUGAUAUGAAAUAUGCGGGGCAUGACUUUCUCUUUCGAACACUUCAUCUUGAGAACAUUAUCUCAUCCCCUCUGAGCUUCUUCACUGAUGACUUUAACCCCUGCUCUGCUUUGGUAACCUUCCCCCUCAAACACCUACUAGAUUCCUGCUGGAAAGGUUAAAGGCCAACAAGCCUGAGGACACUCAAAACUUCACUCAGGGAGUGGGUGGGAGAGUGAUAAACACAGAAGAGGUCAUGCUGAUUAUAUAUACUCAUUUAUACAGACAUGUACAUUAUGUAGCAUAUAACAUAAUAUUAUAUCACAACGGUAUUUUAUAAAAUGUUCUUCGUUUGAGACUGCAGUUACCUUUUGACUUGAAAACUUCUGCUUCUUAUAUAACCAAGUAGCAGCAGAGAGUAAAUAUUCUGGUAUAAUCCGGCUAUAAUUGUGAUGCUUAUGUAUGACAAAUGAAUGAUAGCACACAGUUGUAGCAAAUGAUGGUACUUUUUAAAGAGCAAACUACCUCUUUUAAUGACAAACAAUUCUCAGAACACUUUUACAGAUCAGGUUCUCUCUUUGUUAAUUAUUAUUAACUGGAGGUUAUUCUUUCUUCGAAAUGAAAGGUGUUAGCUUAGCCUGAAUCCAUGGGCAGUGACGUGAGUAUUGAGCCUCUACGUUGUUGAUAUAAAUUGUCUGUUACCCUUUAAAAAGUACCAUGUUUUGUUUUCAAUUCGUGUCAUAUAUCAGUUCUCAGUUGGUAGACGAACUCGCUUGCGUUUGAUUUUCUCUUGGCAGGUACUUUGUUCUGUCACGUCGCCUUAAAGUUAUUUGGAAACUAUGAAAACAGCUCCCUUUAUUUUUAUCCAUCAACUUUCCGACUGAAGUGCCAUUUGAACUGCAUAAGUUUUACGAGGGAACAUACUGAAAUGUUAUUUUUGGUGGAUGUGUGUCUCUCAAGAAGACCACCAUUGUUAUGGGACUGAGGACAUCCACUUAAAAUGCCACUAAUAGCCCAGAUGGAAAACGUCCUGAUUUCAGUCUCUGAUUACAGCCUCGCGCUGAUUGUUCAAACAUGUUCAACUACCGACUGAAGCGAAACCAGAAAAUGCCGGUUUGCCUUCACACCACCGAUGUAACACGUCAUUACUUUAUAAUGAUGUCAGCUCUGUCUGACUUGUUGAAAUUAGAUGACCACUGAGUUUCCUGUUUCCAUUUUUUUUAUGUUGUCAGACUGGUUAAAGUAACACAUGAUGGAUUCAUACUGGGUAAAGUUACACAACACCAUGGGGACUUGUAAGCAUUACAGCAUCUCUUCCUUUCAAAUGAAUCAAAUUCAAACACGGCUCAAGUGUCUGACAAAAAAAAAAUAAGCUACUACAGAUUUUUAUGUGAUCUCUGGUCAUAAAUCUCUUGAAAUAGAAAAACAUUCAAACUCAAGUGACUGGGGUUAUGCAACAGCAGGGGUCCAGUUCAAACUGGGAGUCCUCCAAGUGUGUAAAAUGUGAGAAAACAAGAAGUUCUCAAUUGAGGAUGCCAGAGUACUUGUGAGCAUCAGGUAAACAUUGGGGCUGUAAGCCUUUGUGUGUGUGUGUGUGUGUGUGUGUGUGUGAGCAGUGAUGAUCUUGUUUGGUUCGUGUGUUGUGAGAACAGCAGUUUAUUGCCUCCGUAGGUCUGCUGUUGGUUCUGAGCUCAGCAUCAAAAUGUUCAGUGUUUACCACAGUGUGUUACUACUUCCUGUGGGCUCGAUGUGUGAGUUAAGCCUCUGUGUGCAUGCCCUUGCUUUUUCCUGUUGUUUUUAUGUAUGUUUUUUUAUGUCCAUGUGCCGAAGAUAGGUAAAAGAUUGUGUAUAUGUGCAUGGCAAUGUGUGUGUGUGUGUGUGUGUGUGUGUGUGUGUGUGUGUGUGUGUGUGUGUGUGUGUGUGUGUGUGUGACAGACAGCACUGAAAUGUAAAGAUGUCAGAAUGCUAACUACCUGGAUGUCUUGUCCUCUGUAAUUAUAAGGUACUGUAGAUAAAACUGAAUGCACUGAGUGUGUAUGUGUGUGUUUUAUGGCUUGUUUAAAUAAACAUCUCAUCCA